AUGAAGUCUCUCGUGGGGAGCCCCGGUACCGUCAGCGGGCUGCUGCUGAGGUUAGGGCAGUGUCUGUUCGCGGCGGCUUCCAUCGGGGUGAUGGUUUCUUCCUCCGGAUUCUCCAACUAUACGGCCUUCUGGUACGGUCGUUCCUCAUUUUCUUCAUUUACCAUAUAUAUUCCGAUCUGGUGAUAUCUGGAUGGUCUUUUAUCGUCACAUCGUUGUCUCCUCUCCUGGUUUUCUUGCCCAAGCGGGUAAUUCGCCCAAAAUAGCCCGCUCUUGACUUCUGUUUCCAAUCUUGAUACCCAGCCAAAAAAUAUAAAUGUGGUUCUCCCCUUCAACUCUUCGAGUUGACUAAUCAUCCUGAGAUCUCUCCCCUCUCUCCCCCCCCCCCCCCCCUCCCCUCAGUCCGGAGAUGUUGGAGGCCAGCUGCUGCGACCGAGAUCUGUGAAUAUGGUGGCCUCGAAUGAGGAUUUCAUAUCUAUAUAUAUAUAGCCUUAUUGAUGAUGAUCAGCGCACAGGAAUGUCAGCUAAUCGGGGGGUCGUCACUUCCUCAUCCAGAAGCACCCCCUCAAUGAAACAUAGAGCAUUAAACCCUAGUCCGGUGGCAGGGCAUCCAACGAGCCUAUGCCUCCCGAAGAGCGGAGCGAGAUGGCACUGUGCAUGGGGGAAGGACCCGGAUUGUGGAGAGAUCGGUAGCUCCCAUUCGGUGGGAGGAUCAUCUGAACCUGUCAAUUGUGAAACACCAUGAAAUGAGUCGUCUUUUUUUCUGGGCGCGCCUCGUCUGCAACAUAUCCGCUGCUUGAUUUGAGAAUUCCCGCGCCUCCAUGGUUUUCUUCGCUUCAUGCUCUGCGGUUCUUGUUCGUCGACUGCAUGCCGAUAUUAUCUUCUGAAAGAUUUUUGUCAAGUGUGACGACCGACGUUCCUCUUGGUCAGCUACCUGAUCGCGUCGAUGGGGCUGCAAGUGCUGUGGAGCAUGGGGCUCGCGUGCCUGGACGUCUACGCUUUGAGGAUCAAGAGGGAUCUCCACAACCCGGUGCUAGUGAGCCUGUUUGUGGUCGGCGAUUGGGUAAUCCCUCUCCUCUCCUCUCCUCUCCUCUCCUCUCCCCAUUCCCAUCCUUCCAUUAAAGACUCUGCUUUUAUGCUCCCUCUCCCCGGCUGUGCCGGCUGUGUCGCCAUGGAGGCCUCUCGGGGGACCGUCUGUCCCACUAUCUGAUCCGAUCUGUGAGCUGAUUGGUUGCUCGAUCUUAUGCAUCACCGUCUCUAGGGGGAAAACCCAGCUCAGCUUUUCCAGAAACGGCCACGAACUUUUGUAGAGACUGAUUACCCGAUCUGGAUCAUCUCAGACGAGGCAACCCAGUCGGGUUUUUUUUUCGAAUCUCUAAUCCGGAAGUUGGGGGAAUACCCAUUUUCGGUGCUUUUCAUGAUUCUGCUCGCGAUUCUCCGUUUGACUCCCAGGUGACGGCGACCCUGUCGCUGGCGGCGGCGUGUUCUUCGGCGGGCGUGACGAUCCUGUUCGCGAGGGACGUCCGCUUCUGCUCCCGGGGGUUGGAUCUCUCCUGCAGCAGGUACCAGAUAUCCAUCUCCUGCGCGUUCGUGACAUGGGCUCUCAUCGCCAAGUCCUCCCUCGUCAUGUUCUGGCUCCUCGCCUCCGUUUGA